UUAGAUAAAGUUACUUGCGUCUUCUAAAUUCGAAACAAACAAUAAUAUUUUAUCUGUACCUUGUGGGUUUUGUGUGGAUUUAAGUUAUUGUGCACACAUCUGGAAAAGAUGUCCAAAAAUCCGAUAAGUAAACUUCAGGAGUUUGCGGUGACUCAAAAAUUAAGCAUGCCCGAUUAUGAUAUUAUAGGAAUAGGAACCGCACAAUCACCCAAAUUCUUAUGCAGAUUAAAAUACAGCAAUCGGACUGUAGAAGUGACUGGUAUAUCCAAAAAGGAUGCCAAGUUUCUAGCUGCACAAAAUAUGCUUAUUUUAUUGACAGCUAAUAAAAGCGGGACUUCAAACGAUACCAUUUACAGAGAUGUUUCGUCCAAUUAUAUAGCGGAAGUAAAUUAUGUUGGGAAAGUAAAUGAAUUUGCCAAUCAUUAUAGGCAACGACAACCAUGUUACAGCGAUGAGGCUCCGAUUAAUGGAACAUUUGUAAUUCAGUGUACAUUUAUGAAUAAUAACACUUUCGGUUACGGAAAGACCAAAAAGGCCGCAAAACAACACUCCGCCGAAUUAAUGUGGAAAAAAUUGCAAGAGGAUGACAGUCGCUGUUAUGAAGAACCUGGGAAGAAUAAAUCAAAUGGAUUAUCAACGGCACAGGACCUAAAAACCGAUGAAAUUAUCAGAGCAAUCGAAGGACUGACAUUGGAGCAUAUGCAACCCCAUAAAGUCAAUGUCAAAAUUGAAGUUACACAGUCACCUGUUACCAAUUCUAAGCGUCUAAAAACUAUACAAGAGCUUAAAACGGAUUUAUAUUUGAUGAAUUUUGAUUAUGAAAUUUCAACGUUUAGACCCCGCCCACUGAUCUUGUUGCUGAAAGCUAAUAAUGGAAUUAUUUUGUUGGGGACUGGUUCUACUUAUGAAGAAGCAGAACACAGUGUUUUAUCAACUGCAGUUGAGAUUGCUAAACACAAAGUAGAUUUAAUCAGUUUGUGAGUUUAGUUUUUUAAUUCCUUUCUCCUUUCAUUUACUCACUAAUUAUAUUCGUUGAUUUUUAAUUUUAUACGUAAAUUAAAGAUAUUGUACAUGAACAGAUAUUGGAAAUAAUUCCUUUCCAUCUUUUAAAUAAUUUAGAAAGCUAAAUUGUUUACAAAAUGGAACUCACUUAUAAUCUGAAUUUUGUCCAACUCCUCUGUUCAUUUAAUAUUUAU